AUGGCAGCACCGACACCGCCAACUCGUCAAUGGGGCGUAACUCCCCCAAUCUCCAUGACAUUACCAACGACAGAAGAACUAUCAGCGAAUGAUGAUCUUAUCGCAGAGCUUAAGCUCCAGAACAACUUUGAGAGCCCGUCGGAGACUGAACGAAGGAAACAAGUACUUCAGCUUCUACAGCGUGUAACAACCGAGUUUGUCAAAGUCGUCAGUCGCAAAAAGGGCCUUUCCCAGGCGGCAGUUGAGGCAGCAGGCGGUAAAAUAUUCACGUAUGGGAGUUAUCGCCUGGGGGUCUAUGGGCCGGGAUCGGAUAUCGAUACCCUAGUUCUUGGACCGAAACACGUUGUGAUCGAUGACUUCUUCUCCGACUUCCCACCGUUGCUUGAAACCAUGGCACCUCAAGGGGCCAUCGAGAAGAUGACACCGGUUCCAGAUGCCUUUGUUCCUCUGAUAAAACUUGAAUUGUCGGGGAUAAGUAUCGAUUUGAUUUUCGCCCGCCUGAUCGUACCGUCGAUUCCCCUGAAUCUUGAUUUGAAGAACAACGAUUACUUAAGAGGCCUUGACGAAAAGGAGGUGCGGUCGCUCAAUGGAACUCGUGUAACAGACGAGAUAUUGGAGUUGGUACCGCAGCAAAAGACAUUUCGCCUUGCUUUGCGCGCAAUCAAGCUGUGGGCUCAGCGACGAGCUAUUUAUUCUAAUAUUGUCGGUUUCCCUGGUGGUGUUGCAUGGGCUAUGCUGGUAGCAAGAGUAUGUCAGUUGUAUCCUCAAGCAACAGGUUCUGUUAUUGUGGGCAAAUUUUUCCGAAUCAUGAACAAAUGGGCGUGGCCGCAACCUGUGUUAUUGAAGACUAUUGAGGAUGGACCUCUGCAGAUCAAAGUGUGGAAUCCAAAGAUCUACCACGGCGACCGGUUUCACUUAAUGCCCAUUAUCACACCUGCCUACCCGUCCAUGUGCGCAACCCACAACAUCUCAAUGUCGACUAAAGCUGUAAUCCUGCGGGAACUCCAACGCGGCGGUGACAUUGUGGACAAGAUCUGGGCGAAGCAAGCGACUUGGAAUGAUCUUUUUGAGCGCCAUUCAUUUUUCACCCACGACUACAAAUAUUAUCUCGGCGUCACUGCGUCUAGUAGGACAAAAGAAGCCGAGUCAGUCUGGUCCGGUCUCGUUGAGUCCAAGGUCAGGCACUUGGUCGGAGCAUUGGACCGUAAAUCCACCAUCGCAGUGGCCCAUCCGUUCCCCAAAGGUUUCGAGAGGACCCAUAUUAUCAGCAAUGAGGAAGAAGCCGAUGCGGUUAAGAAUGGCUCUCUUAAGUACCAAGAUAAGGGCAUCAAAACAGAAACGACCGACGAAGUCAAGGAUGUUGCACAUCAGACUGCGGCUCAGAGUGGAAGAGAAGACACAGAAGUACCUGCUGCAGCAGACAACGCAGCCAACGACAACCGAAUUAUCUAUACCACAACUUACUAUAUUGGAAUGGAGUUGAAGCCGGUUGAACCAGGCGCGUCCCGGUCAUUGGACAUUUCAUCUGAUGCCCAGUUUUUCAAAUCCAUGUGCACAUCAUGGCCUGGGUAUCAGCCUGGUAUCAACGACUUGUCUAUUACGCAUGUUCGCAAUUACGAUUUGCCGGAGGACCUUUUCCAAGCGGGUGAAACUCGACCUUCGCGACCCAAGAAGAAGAUCGUAAAAAAGACGUCAACAAGCGGGCAGAAACGCAGCUUCGAAUCCGUGGACGAUUCACCGAACCCCGCCCCAAAACGCCAAGUCACCGACGGUUAUGCCACCGCUGCAACACCCGCGUGA